AUGACAGGGCAAUCAUCCAGAUGUACACAUAGUGCUGGUCAUAGCUCAAUUAGAACUUACAGUUUUGAGCUUUAUGGCGAGAGGAUUGAUCCAAACUUAAGUCAAAGUCAUGAGAAAGUUAAAGAAGAAGAUCAAUAUCUGUGUAGCAAUGGUAAUUCAUUUAAUAGACCAUGCAAGAAUAGAAGAGCUUUUAGUUUUAAGCUCUUUAGCGAGAAGAUUGAUCCAAACCUGAAUCAAAGUAAUGAGAAAUUAAAGAUAGAAGAUGAUCAUAACCAUCGAUUUCUUAAUGGCAAUGGCAAUUCACUCCGUAGGUCCAGUAUUAGUAUGGGUAUUUUAGAUGCAUGCAACUAUGACCCGGAUUUCAUGGAUAAUGGGUAUCUGUCGGAUGGGCUUCCUAAUGGAUCUAGCCACUACAUCCAUGAUAAGAAGAAAGGGUUGCCAUGGACAAGAGAUGAGCACAAAUCAUUCUUGAUGGGUUUAGAAAAGCUUGGAAAAGGUGACUGGAGAGGGAUUUCGAAGAAUUACGUGAAAACAAGAACCCCAACUCAAGUCGCUAGCCAUGCCCAGAAGUAUUUCAUCAGAAUCAAAGCACACGAGAAAGGAAAACGCAGAUCAAGUAUGUUUGAUAUGCCCAACCACUCGGUAUUUAACUACUUCUAA